UGUAAAGGAAGUUGGCUUGGCAAUCAUCAAUGUUUAUAAUCUUCACUACAGUAUUGGGGACAAGAUGUUCUUGUCAAUGGAAUCUUCACACCAAAGUAUUCCUCAGGAGGAGGGGGAAUGUGUUGAUGUCAAACUUACAACAGACAAAAUUUGGAUUUUAAAGGAUAAUGGAUUAGUGUAUAACUAUCUGCUUCAUACAAACACUGCCAUCAUGUCCUUUUCAAUUGUCAUCAUCUAAUGUUGUUGGUGCAACACUGCAACUAUAUUCUCAAAAUUCUCAAAUUGCAUACACAUAAAUCACAGAGUUAUUGAGAUAAGUUUGGCUUUUGUUUUCUAAUCGGAUGCAGAGUUGUUUGCAAUUCACUAAUCCUUUGAUGCCAUAUCUACCUGUACAAUCUAAACUUUUUCAAUGAACUUUGUUUUUAGGGAAGAAGCAGGCUGCUAUGUCUCACAAGAAGAAUUCGUUGCAGAUCAGCUGUUUCAAAGUUUGGAAAAUUCUGUAGAUGAUCUUAUUUUGAUGGCUAAUUCAGUGUUUUCAUCAGGAAAGGAGCACAUUUUUCCACUUGUUUCUUCUAUUUUCUUAUGAAGACUUCUUCAUCCUGGGGUUCUUCACAACCUAGUUCUACGUGCAACUUUAAUAGAUUAUAACAAGCACUGGACUGAUUCUGAGUUUCAGUCCUUGACUGUUGAUGGACUCAAAAAGGAGAUUCUUUUGCUGGUUGAAGAUAAGACUCUUCCCAAAAGUGUAUCAAUAUUUCAAGGGUGGAAAAACUUUUGUAGGCGCUAUUUCCAUUACUGGUGCAGAAAUAAUGCGCCAUGCAGCUUGAUUGUAGGGUCCUCAUCAGGUGCUGUUGGUUUAAUCAGAAAAAGUUCUGUAUCUUUAUUUCGUGGUUUGGAGAACAUUGAGCUACUCAUAGAUGGUUCUCGAGAGGAACUUGGUGAUCUUGUAAGCAUUGGGUUGAAUUCAUUGGAUGAUGAUUCUGAACGGGAGAUACUUGCUGAAUUGCUUAGAUGCAUUAUUAAUAUUAGCCAACAGUUGGGCAAAACAACUUAUGCUAUUUUUUAUGAAUCACUUGUUUGCAAGCAUAUUAUUUCCUCUGAGGAGAUUGUUCGUCGCUUGCUGAAGGUUCUAGAAACUGGACAUGGGUCAAUAAUAGCAGAACUCCAUGUAUUUAAUCUUGGAGCUGAUGUUGCAUGGGAAAAAGAGCAGGCAGAUCACAAAAAUCUGAGGAAAUUUUCUGUUGACAUAUUGCUGUCACUUCAUGUUCUUUAUAAAAAAGCAGCCUCUUGGGAGAAAGUUUUUGAUGUUUUAGGGAAGUAUCUGCAGGUUCUUGUUCCCCAGAAAGUUAUAAAAGAUUCAGGUGCUGGAACAUUGUUUAAUAUCAGCAAUUCCAUUGUGGUCCCAGCUGUCUGCCAGAUUGCGAAGGUGAUGUUUGAGUCUGCAUUGGAUAUCCUUCUUUUUGUUAGCUAUUUGGCUGAUAUCAGUUGGCAGAUUGACAUGUCACAUCAUGACAUAUCUAAAAUCCAACUUGAGAUGGUUCCAAUGAUUCAAGAAGUUGUUUUUGAGUGGCUAAUCGUUCUUUUCUUUAGCACUACACCAUCUGAGUCACUUUCAAUUGAAGAUUUUAGUUCUCAACUUUCAUCAUUACACAUUGGCAGCAACACUAAUAAAAAAUUGUGGAAUGAGAAGCUCGGGAAACCUGAUUUCACAUUAGCUUCUAUACUUCUACCAAACAUUCAGAGUUCCUCUGUAGAUGAGAGAUGCCUUUCUUUGGGAUACCUGCCUAAUCCACAUGACAUUAUUAGUAUGGUGCAGAAAUUUACAAGUUGGAUCAUUUUUGGAAAGGUUGGAGACGAAUCUCCUUCAUUCUUAAGGCGUUCAAUUACCCUUUCCCUGAUCCUGCUUAGGCAUGGCCAAUAUGAUGCUCUCAAGUUCCUGCUCUCUAGUAUGGAGGCAAAUUCAGAAAGGGAAAGGAUAUUCAAAUGCAUUCAAGAUGAUGGCAGCGAUUGGUGCUUACUUCAACAUCUUCUUGGGUGUUGUCAUCUUGCUCAAAUGCAAUGUGGAUUACAUGGAAUCCUGAAAGAUAGAAAAGUUUGUGAAGCUGUUCACUGUUUUUUCAGAGCUUCAUCUGGAAAGAGUGCGUCCCAGGCUUUGCAGAGUUUGUCUCCAGAAGUGGGAUUGCCAUAUCUUGGUUUUAGUGGUUUUGUUGCAUCUCCUGCAUGGAAGCUUCUAUAUUAUCAAUGGGCAAUGCAGUUAUUUGAGCAAUAUAAUAUUAGUGAAGGGGCUUGUCAAUUUGCUCUUGCUGCAUUGGAGCAAGUUGAUGAAGCUCUUAGACUGGAUGAUGACUUCUUUGAGAGAGAUCCAUUUAACGAGUCAGCCACCACCAUAAAAGGACGUCUUUGGGCAAAUAUAUUCAAGUUUACUUUGGAUCUAAAUCUCUUGAAUGAUGCUUAUUGUGCAAUAAUUUCAAAUCCAGACGAGGAGAGCAAAAGCAUCUGCUUGAGACGGUUUAUAAUAGUUCUUUAUGAACGUGGAGCACUAAAGGUUCUUUGUGAUGGUCAGUUGCCCUUCAUUGAUUUAGCUGAUAAAGUUGAGCAAGAACUUGCCUGGAAGGCAGAGCGUUCAGAUGUCUUGGCAAAGCCAAAUCCAUACAAGUUGCUCUAUGCAUUUGAAAUGCAUCGACAUAACUGGCAAAGAGCAGCAAAUUACAUAUAUAUAUACUCAUCUAAUUUGAGAACUGAAUUGGUUGUAAAAAAUCAACAAAAAAUAUCAGUGGCACUGCUGGAGAGGCUGAAUGGGCUCUCUGCUGCUAUCAAUGCACUGAAUCUUGUUCAUCCGAUGUAUGCUUGGAUUGAUCCUCUUAAUGAAGCAAAUUUUCUCCACAGUGAGCAUUAUCCAAGUAAAAAGGCUAAAAAGACAGUGACAGAAGAAUCAGCUGGCAAGGAUUGGCAGCUUGUGAGGCCUCAAUUUUAUAUUGAUACAGAGAAAUUGGAAAAUGAAUUUGUGCUGGCAUCAGCAGAAUAUUUACUCUCACUGGCCAACGUGAAAUGGACAUAUUCUGGAACUCAAAAACCCCCUUCAGAUUUGGUUGAUCUCCUUCUUCAAACAAAUUUGUAUGACAUGGCCUUCACUGUCCUAAUGAAGUUCUGGAAAGAUUCAGGAUUGAAGAGGGAGCUGGAAAAUGUCUUUUAUGCCAUGUCAUUAAAAUGCUGUCAAAGUACUGUAAGCUCCUAUGUGGCAGGAAAGCACAGCCUCCUGGUGACUUCAUCAAAGGAUGAAGUGAUUUUAGAUGGUUCAGCUGAGAUUGGGCUUACCACUCAACAAACAAAUUUGAAUAGUCAAUGGGAAACUCUUGAGAUUUAUCUUAAAAAAUACAAGGUCUUUCAUGCAAGGUUGCCAGUAAUUGUGGCUGAAACCCUUCUUCGCAUGGACCCUCAUGUCGAAUUGCCUCUAUGGUUGGUUAAUAUCUUCAAGGAUGGUCAAAGGGAAAAUAACUUCACAAUGACUGGUCAAGGGCCCAGUCCUGCAUCCUUGUUUUGCCUCUAUGUUGAGUAUGGUCGAUAUACAGAAGCUACAAAUUUGUUACUGACAUACAUGGAAGUAUUUGCAUCAAUGAGACCUUUUAAUAUAAUGCAUCGAAAACGAUCUCUAGCUGUGUGGUUCCCGUACACAAUGAUCGAGCGCCUUUGGUGCCAACUUGAGGGAUUGAUAAAUUCAGGUUACAUGAUUGAUCAGUAUGAUAACCUCAAAAGGCUACUAAAUGGAGUUUUGAUGAACCAUCUCAAGCUGCUAAAAGAGGAUUCAGAAGAUGCAUUGUGUUCUGCUGGAAAAGAAAGUGAUCAGUUGUGCUGAGUUUGUUUUUUGGCAUCAGCAAUCCUUCUUAACUAGAUUGGAGGAAGGAGUCCUUGUGUUUUGGACAAGACUUCUCCUUUGUGCGACUGAGAUUGUUCUUUAUUUGCUGCUCCUGCCACUUUUCUAACAGAAUACAUGAGAGAGAGCAGUCAACUAACUGGUGCUUAAAUUUCUUGUCUGGUAAAACUGGAAUUGGCCCUGGCGGCCUGGACGUAAUUAGAGUAACUAUAGCAGACUUGAUCAGGUCUUUAAACUGCCCCAUCUUCAAGAAAAUUAGGCAAUCCUCAAUAGAUGUUAAGAGUGCACCUAAAAUGAAUGGAACUCUGAUUUCUUGUUUAUUUUUCCACUAUCCCCCACAUUUCCUUUCUCUAAAAGUAAAGGAAAAAAUAGCUCGGAAAUUAAAGAAGGCUUCAUCUUACAUGUCACAGGUCUGCCUCGACUCUCCCGGUUCUUUCAGCUUUUGCGUCUAGGAACAUCGAAGAAGAUUAGGAUCAAUGAAUUAAGUGCGGAAAUUGAGCCUGAAAGAAGGGUGAAGGAAAUGAAUGUAUAAUCAAGCUACGCUCUGCAUUUUUUUUUUUUCAUCGUGAAUCCCAAAAAAAAAAAAGAAGGGAAAAAGGUGAAUCAUUAAAAUGCAGUAAAGACUAUUUUGACGAAAUGGUAUUAACGCACGGCUUGAGGGGCAUUGCUAGAGGGUACCCUGUGCCGACUAGUUUAUCUGCAAAUGUUUCAGUCCUCAAAAAAUGAUUCAAUAGAUCAAUUGACUAGAA